AUAUUGUUUGCUUUCUUUUAAACCUGAAUGUAUAAUCUAACAAGUCCACAAUGUUUUAUAUCCAACAUGUAAAUAUUGCUGUAAUGGGAGUCUACUUGGAUAGCUCAAGUUUCGAGUCGGGAUUAUUUUUGUGUUACUCAAAUGCCCUCACGAACGUGGAAGGAGAGAAAAAGGGGUCACAGGAAACCUCAACUCUAUUUAAAACAAUAACAUACAUAUAACCUAAAUGGAGGUGCAUUGCUUAACGGUAGUGAGCAGUAGAUAGAGCGACAUCUUGACUGCGGGUUAGGUCGCAUGCGUUUGAACAGAAUGUUUUCAUUGUCAGGGCUGCUCAAACACAGUCCAUGUAAACUUGUUAAUAUUGUCAAACAAGGGACAAUAUGCCGUCAUGCGUCCGUCAGAGUAGUUCUAGGUAUCGAGACCAGUUGUGACGAUACAGGAGCAGCCGUUGUAGAUGAACAUGGUUUGAUUCUUGGGGAAUCAUUGCAUUCUCAAAAGGAGGUCCACUUGCAAACUGGUGGGAUUAUCCCGACAGUUGCCCAACAACUACACAGGGAGCACAUAUCCCAGGUGGUGCAUGAGGCCAUUGACAGGAGUGGCGUUUCCCCAAAAGACCUUGCUGCAGUAGCAACCACUGUCAAGCCAGGCAUGUCGCUAAGCCUGGGCAUUGGCUUGCACUUCAGCCUGGCCUUCGUGAAGGAGCACCAAAGGCCCUUCAUUCCCAUCCACCACAUGGAGGCUCAUGCUCUCACCGUGAGGAUGCUGGAGGCUGUUGAGUUCCCUUUCCUAGUGCUCCUCAUCUCUGGGGGGCAUGCCCUCUUGGCUCUGGCCAGGGGCGUGGAUGACUUCCUUCUCUUGGGGCAGUCUCUGGAUGAAGCACCAGGGGACACCUUGGAUAAGGUGGCUCGGAGAUUACACUUGAAAGACCACCCAGAUUGCUCCGCGAUGAGUGGAGGACAAGCAAUCGAAUACUUGGCCAAGAGGGGCAACAGACAUGAUUUCCAGUUCACAACACCCAUGGGGCAAACCUUGGACUGCAAUUUCUCUUUUGCUGGUCUACGGAACCAGGUGUCAAUGGCGAUAGCCAAGAAAGAAUCGGAGGAAGGAGUGAAGACAGGGGAACUGUUGUCAUGUGUGAAUGACAUUGCGGCUGGCACGCAACACACAGUGGCCUCUCACAUUGUGAAGCGCACACACCGGGCCAUUCUCUUCUGCAAAGAGAGAGGCCUUUUGCCACAGCGGAAUCCUACUCUGGUUGUAUCUGGAGGGGUGGCCAGUAACACAUACAUCAGGCAGAGUCUUAAUAUUCUCACAGACGCCACAGGCUUGCAUUUGCUCUGUCCCCCAUCCAAAUUUUGCACAGACAAUGGAGUCAUGAUAGCAUGGAACGGGAUUGAAAGGCUUCGAGCGGGGAAGGGGAUCUUGCCAUACACAGAGGAGGUGCGCUAUGAACCCAGGGCUCCACUUGGUGCGGACAUAACAGCAGAAGUGAAGAACGCUGCCAUUAGAGUGCCUCCUUUGAAACUCAAAGUACAACAACAAUGACACUGACUGGAUAUUAUGAGUGGGAUAUUAUGUACAUAUAUUUUCUAUUUUGGAAGGAAUUAAAAAUCAAUUUCAGUUAUUUA